UGUGAUGUUUUUCAGUUGUUUUUGUUGGCAGUUUCCCCACCCAAGUAGUGACUCAACACUUUGCUGCUUUAUUUCGCUGACCAAGUUCACCCUAAGUAUUUUGCUCCAGUGCUAUGCACUAAUAUAUUGCUUAAAUGUAUACUGUAGUACAGAAUUUAUGAAGGUCCUGAAUGAUUUUCUCUGUUGACAGAGUUUAGACUUUCAGUAACAAUACCACACAGAUGCAUCGAUUCUUUUCAUCAGUUUGUGGUCCCAGCGCAAGACGGAUUUACCUCAAUAUACAAUAGAAGGAAUAACAUCCAUUUUGCCAUAGCCCUAUCAUUGCUUUUCACAGAUUUAACCUCAUUAUUACUACCAGUGUCUAACCAAUUUGCACUUGAUUUGGUCUUGCAUGUACAAAAUGGCAAACACUCUUCUGGGGACAGAAGAUUUCUCUAGUGUUUGACAAGUUUCUAACAUUGCUGUGGCAUAACAUUGUUACGAAACCGAUGUUCAUAAAAUGUUUCUUUAUUUGGGAAACUCUUGGAAACUUUAGAUGUUUUUUGUCGCUGCAGAUACAGAGUAUAUUUUAUUGUAAUAAGGUUAUGUUCCAGCCUACACACUUCGGCAAACCCCCCUUAAGUCUUAAAUUAAUAAUAACCCAGUCAAACCAACAGCAAUUCACAGAACCAAGUGAUUUAUACUGAGGAUGGGUCCUCACCAAUUUCCAGUUACUAAUCACAGUGGUUUGACCUCUGUAUGUAAAUCACAGCUGUAUAAGGUAGGUGAUUCGUAUCUAUUUUCUCCUCUGUUAGUCGAGUGUUGUUUGUACGCGUUAGAAGCCACGAGUUUCUGACUGUCUGUAUUGGAUCUCAACGGAGCUGGUAUUAAGUUGGGCUGUUUCCAUUGUAUGAUGGCAAAGGCUUCAAGCAGUCAGUUGGUGGGUGUGGCCAAUGAAGGACUGGAGCCGCAAGAUGAAGUUGUCGACAUUGAUCUUGAAGACCCUGAUGUCCAACAGGCAGCAGUAAAAAUCCAAGCGGGCUUCCGAAAACAUGUUGCUCACAAAACCUCUCAACAAGACAAGCUUAACUCCGCCCCCGCAGACGCAGAUGGUCUGGGGAUGGGGCCUUCAUCUAAAGGCGGAGGAGCAAAUGAUAAUAAUGCACAGGGAACAUCUGGUCAAGCGCAAGAAGAGGAAGAAGUGGACAUUGAUUUGAAUGAUCCAGAUGUGGCCGAUGCUGCAGCGAAAAUACAGGCGGGGUUCAAGAAACACAUGAUGAAGAAGAAGAAAUAAUAAAACUCAAAAGGUUGAUAGAACACUACUAGGGACAAGGAUUUUGAAGUGAUUGUGAAUGGAAAGAGACAAUCAAGAAUGAAGUAGAAAUGUUUUACAUCUAGGUCUUAGUAGAAGACAUCUAUAUGUAUAGUGUUAUGAUAGCAAGUCGUGGACUGACACAGUUAAUGGUCAUCAAAAUAUUUUAAAAUGAUGAAGCAAUAAUUUAAGUUUAUAAAUCAGUUAACUUUAUAAUAUAAGAUUCUAUUCUUUGAGAUUUUGUUAAAUUAUUUAAAUGUAAUAAAACAAAUAAGCAAUA